AUGCGCAAUACGCUCAUCUUUGCGGGCAAUUCGUGCCCAGUUCUCACAAAACAGAUUUGUGAGAAUUUGGGCAUGCAGCCGGCCGACGCAGAGCUGACUCAGUUCUCUAAUGGCGAGACCAGCGUGCGGAUCCUCACGAGCGUCCGAGAAAAGGAUGUAUUCGUCGUCCAGUCGGGCAGUCCCAAGAUCAACGACUCUAUUAUGGAGUUGCUUAUCAUGAUCAAUGCCUGCAAAGGCGGCUCGGCCAACAAGAUCACAGCUGUGCUUCCAUAUUUUCCCUACAGCCGUCAGUCCAAGAAAAAGUCACAUCGAGGCGCCAUUACCGCUCGCAUGUUGGCCAACUUGCUGAACGUCGCUGGUGUCAAGCACGUUAUCACGGUGGACCUGCACGCGUCGCAGAUGCAAGGAUUUUUCCGAUGUCCCGUCGAUAACCUGCAUGCCGAGCCCAUUAUUGCGCGAUGGAUCCGCCGUAACGUGCCGCAGUGGAAGGAGGCCGUUGUCGUAUCAAAGAAUGCUGGUGGCACGAAGCGCGUGACAUCUCUCGCCGACGCUCUCAAGCUAAACUUUGGUAUGGUGACGACGGACCGCAAGCGAACUACCAACAUGUCUCAUAGCAUGAUUAUGAAUCAUUUUGAUACGGAGGAUCGUACGCCCGCGUUGGAGACUACCACCUUUGCUAGCAUUCGCCUUAAUAGGGAUGCUGAAGAGGUCUUCGCCUCUCAACAGGCUCAGGCCAGAAAAACCAUCAUCUCGGCCGACUCGCAAGGAUCUCCCAAGCGGUCGCACGCAGCCACGGAAAAACGCCAAAGUGGAAACGUGACGCCAACCCUCAAUGGUAGUGCCACACCGUCGACAAACUCGACCGGCCCAGCUGCCCAGGAUGAAGAUGGCUACGAUGACCAUAGGCCUCAAGAGGUCACUCGCGGCAGACUAGUCCACGGGCACGUUGUCGAAGACGACUUUCCCUCUCCCGAACAGGGACACAGCGACGGUGAGGAGGACCCAAUGGCCAUGUCACGCGCCUCUUCCUUUUUCGUUCCGGAAAAGCAGGCUCUUGGUGGAAGCAGCGACCCCACUGCCAGCUCCGAUGAGGAGGACAAUGUCUAUCAAGACACCAAGACGGAACACAUGAUUACCCUUGUCGGUGAUGUCAAGAACAAGACUGUCUUUCUAGUAGAUGACAUGAUUGAUAAGCCCGGAUCGUGGAUUGCCGCUGCGGAGACGGUCGUCAAGCGAGGCCGAGCCAAAAAGGUGUACUGCAUUGCUACGCAUGGCGUGUUCGGUGCAGACUGUCUGGAGCGACUGCAGGCGUGCGAAUGCAUUGACUCGAUUGUCGUGACCAACAGUUUCCCCAUUAGCGAGGACCGUGUCAAGGGCAUCACCAAGCUCGUCAUUCUCGACCUGUCGAUUCUGCUUUCGGAGGCUAUCCGGCGCAACCACUACGGAGAGUCAAUCUCGCCUCUGUACCAACACACAGACUGA